AUGGCUCCUUCUCGACACGCCAUUCUUUUCCAUGGAUCCCUUAUCAGGGGCAGAGCCUCCUCCAUUGACGAGUGGAAGAUGUUCUUUGGAGUCUCUCCUAAUGUCAUCCUUUUCCUGUGGUGGCUUUGUGGCUUUGACCAAGAUCCCAACGUAACUGUUGAGCGCCUUCUGUGGGCUCUCCUCUUUAUCAAAGUUUAUGGAACUGAGCCGGUGUUGGGUGGUCUCACCGGUGUCACUAGGAAGACCUAUCGCAAGUGGGUUUGGUACAUUCUUCCCUUGAUUGCAGCUGCUAAGCCUGACGUGGUGAGUUGUUUGUUGUCGAGUGAUAUCUUUGUUUUCGAUUCUCACAUAAGCCAGAUUGCAUGGAGGAACCGGUUUCGCAAUGACAAGGGCAGGACUUGCCUGACGACUGUGGACUGCUUUGACUUGAAGAUCCAUGAGCAAUUGACUGCUGCUCAAUCCAGCAAAUCAAAGAAUAGGCGUCGAAACAAAAGAGACAAAAGCGGCCAUCAGAUUACUUGUGACCUAAGAUGGUACUCCCAGAAGCACAGGGGCCCAGGUGUGAAGUAUGAGGUUGCUGUGUGCAUUCAGACUGGUGAUAUUGUGUGGUUUAGAGGCCCCUUUCCUUGUGGACAAUGGUCAGACAAGAAGAUCUUCACCAACAAACUCAUUCACUGUUUGGACGACGAUCGUGAGGAGAUGGUUGAAGCAGAUGGGCACUACACCGGAUAUCCCUUCCAUAUCCGAAUGCCCAAGGACUACCUUUCAGAGUCUGAUAAGGUUGCCAAAGCAAUUGCCCGUGCCCGUCACGAGACAGUCAACAGGAAGAUUACGAGCUUCGGAGUGAUGAGCCAUACCUUCCGCCACCCCCUUUCGAAGCACAAGGUCUGCGCCGAUGCUGUGGCUGUCUGCGUGCAGUCUGCCAUUGAGUGUGGCGAGAAGCCCUUCCAGGUGAACUAUUAG